UGAAUACCGUUGUAUAUUAACGAUAACACACUGCAGAGGAUCCCGCCCUACAUCAACCAGUUGAUCAACUUACACACACUCGAUAUGUACAACAACAAAUUGCGCACAUUGCCUGCUGAGCUGGGAGAUCUGAUACAACUAAGGGAAUUACACUUACACAACAACUACCUGAGGGUACUGCCCUACGACCUCGGCAAGCUGUUCCACCUCCAGCUCCUGGGGCUGCAGGGCAACCCGCUCAGCAAGGAGAUGCUCUCCAUCUACAACGACAACAACGGCACCUCCAAACUGCUGACGUAUCUGCUCGACAAUAUGCAAGUUACUGCCACGUUACCACCACAGAGGCCUUGGAUACCCUUGACUCGACCGAAUAGGAGUCGACCGACAUGUAUAUUCACCGUGAUGUGCUACAACGUGCUGUGCGACAAGUACGCCACGCGACAGAUGUACGGCUACUGCCCCAGCUGGGCGCUGGAGUGGGACUACAGGAAAAAGGGCAUCCUCGACGAGAUCAGACAUUACUCCGCUGACAUCAUUAGCUUACAGGAAGUAGAAACGGAUCAAUUCUAUGCAUUUUUUCUGCCCGAGCUUAAGCAGGACGGUUAUGAUGGCAUAUUUUCGCCCAAAUCUCGCGCAAAGACUAUGUCUGAAUCGGAACGAAAGUACGUCGAUGGAUGCGCAAUUUUCUUUAGAACUUCAAAAUUCACACUAGUAAAGGAACACCUAAUCGAAUUUAACCAACUAGCAAUGGCGAACAGUGAAGGUUCGGACAAUAUGUUGAAUCGAGUUAUGCCGAAGGACAACAUUGGUUUGGCUGCGUUAUUAAAAACAAAGGAUGCAGCGUGGGAUAACGCGUUUAACGACAUAUCCGGAAUACCCACCGAUCCAUCCACCCUAGCACAGCCGAUACUAGUUUGCACGGCGCACAUACACUGGGACCCUGAGUUUUGCGACGUGAAGUUGAUCCAGACCAUGAUGCUGAGCAACGAACUUCGCUCUAUACUGGACGACUCGGCGAGAACGCUACGUUUGUCGGGACAGAAGGAAAAUGUUCAACUACUGCUAUGCGGGGAUUUCAACUCACUUCCAGACAGCGGCGUGAUUGAGUUCUUGUCAGCGGGUCGAGUAUCUUCAGAGCACCGGGACUUCAAGGAGCUGGGCUAUGCGGGCUCGCUGCGUCGCAUGCCGGGCUCCGAGCACGAGUUCACGCACAACUUCAAGCUGGCCUCCGCGUACAGCGAGGACAUCAUGCCCUACACUAACUACACAUUCGACUUCAAAGGCAUCAUCGACUACAUCUUCUACAGCAAGCAGUCGAUGACGCCGCUGGGGCUGCUGGGCCCGCUGUCGCAGGACUGGUUCCGCGAGCACAAGGUCGUCGGCUGUCCGCACCCGCACAUACCCUCAGACCACUUCCCGCUGCUAGUAGAAUUGGAAAUGUCCCCGAGCACGAGCGGCAACAGCAACGGCCUGAUCGGGCGCAGGUAGCACGCGCAGCGGCAGCGGCACCAGCACAAGCAGCAACACAAGCAGCAGCAGCAACAGCAACACAAGCAACAGCAGCAACACAAGCAGCAGCCGACACACAAACACCAGAAGCAACACAAACACGCCGACACGUGAGAUUGACGCCUACCAACUUUUAGCACAAUUAUUGAAUCGUAACAUAACUCUGUUAUUUCCUUUGCGGCGCAUUUGUUGGGUGUUUUUAUUAUUUUUUUGUGAUUCAUCUUAAUCAUCGAAUCUUCUGAUUUAUUGAAAGACAAAAAUGAAUUUUAUCUAUUAUUAGUAUUAUAUGUUUAUUUAUCAAAUUGUAAAAUCAUGUUUUGCUCACAAAUCAUUACUAAAGAGCUUUAUUAUUUUUUUGUAAAUUUUAUCUUAUUAGAGAAUACAAU